AUGAGGCCACCAUGUUCUUCCUUGUAUUCGCAUUACUGGCUUCUGUUUUCAAGGAUCGUGUCAAAAAUUGCCGGGGAGAAUCAUCUACAGGCUUGGAGAAACAACAGUCUUGCUGCGGCUGGCUCAUCGUCUUUAGUUGCCUACGCCGUGACUACAUUCGCUUUCGGUUUGGUGUGCAAGGAGAUAAGCAUAGGACGGUGGAAAGGAUGGAGCAGUCGAUAUGGACGGGGGUACGGGGACCCUGACUAUAGCAUCGGAGCGCCGGGAGCUGAGCAUGUACCCAAAGAUGGUGGUGUCACUGGGACUGGGGUUUGA